AUGUUGGCUGCCGUGGAACAUGGUCCGAUCCUCUGCAGUGACUCCAACAUCCUGUGCCUGUCGUGGAAAGGUCGUGUUCCCAAGAGCGAGAAAGACAAGCCCGUGUGCCGCCGGAGGUACUAUGAGGAGGGCUGGCUGGCCACCGGGAACGGGAGAGGAGUCGUGGGUGUUACCUUCACCUCCAGCCACUGCAGGCGGGACAGGAGCACCCCUCAGAGGAUCAACUUCAACCUACGUGGACACAAUAGUGAAGUUGUCUUGGUGCGCUGGAAUGAACCCUUUCAAAAGCUGGCCACAUGUGACAUGGAAGGAGGAAUCUUUGUGUGGAUACAGUACGAGGGCAGAUGGUCUGUGGAGCUGGUGAAUGACAGAGGAGCACAGGUGAGCGACUUCACCUGGUCACAUGACGGGACUCAGGCUUUGAUCGCUUACAGAGAUGGUUUCGUCUUGGUGGGCUCUGUCAGUGGGCAGAGACACUGGUCCUCUGAGAUCAACUUAGAAAGUCAAAUCACUUGUGGCAUAUGGACCCCAGAUGAUCAGCAGGUGUUGUUUGGUACAGCAGAUGGCCAGGUGAUCGUGAUGGACUGUCAUGGCCGUAUGUUGGCUCAUGUUUUGCUGCACGAGUCGGACGGGAUCGUGAGCAUGUCCUGGAACUGCCCUGAUUUCCUGGUGGAGGACAGCACUGAGAGUGACACUGACUCAGAUGAAAAUGUUCUGCCUAUAGUGCGAAGAGUCAAACCUUUGUUAACCGUCACCUUUUUAUCUGGAGACAUUAGUUUAAUGAACAACUAUGAUGACCUAUCCCCUGCUGUCAUCCGCUCUGGAUUAAAAGAUGUAGAGGCCCAGUGGUGCUCUCAGGGGGACCUCUUGGCUGUGGCUGGGAUGGAGAGACAUGUCCCGUCAGAUACAGCAUGUGCAGCCAUCAUGAGGAACGCUCUGGUCAAGUUCUACAAUGUCCAAGGAGAACACAUCUACACUCUGGAGACACCUGCACAGAGACCUAUCACCACCAUCUGUUGGGGUCACCGAGACUCACGGCUCUUCCUUGCCUGUGGUCCAGCUUUGUAUGUGGUUAGAGUGGAGCACCGUGUGGCCAGUCUUCAGCUCUUGUGCCAGCAGGGCAUCGCCAGCGCCCUGAGAGAGGAGAAGGAUGUGGGGAAACUCAACAUGCCCUCUCUGCUCUGCUCCUAUGUCACUACAGCUUUCAUACCAACCAUCAAACCUCCAAUCCCUGACCCCAACAACAUCCGGGACUUUGUGAGCUACCCCACCUCCGGGAACGAGAGGCUCCACUGCACCAUGAAGCGGGCAGAGGACAGUCCAGAGGCGGGCGGGCCCUGCUACACCCUGUACCUCGAAUAUUUGGGAGGACUGGUGCCAAUCCUCAAAGGGAGACGCAUCAGUAAACUAAGACCUGAGUUUGUUAUCAUGGAUCCCAAGAAUGACAGUAAAGCAGAUGAAGUGUGCGUGAAUCCCAUUGCGUUCAGUGACAGCUGUAACUGCUCUGAUUCCAGUGACAUUGAGCUGAGUGAUGAGUGGGUCGGCAAAAAAUCACCAAAGUUGUCACGAGGGAACAGAAUUAAUUUGGAAUCCAGGAAGUCUCCGAAACUUUCACGAGCCAAUCAGGAAGGUCAGAGGUCACCACGGUUACCGACAAAAAAGCCCCCUGUUCGCUCACCAAGUUUGACAAGAAGAGAGAUGUUCAUGGAUGGACUCACAGAACACAAUUACCUUGCUCAAGUCACAUCCAAUAUUUGGGGGACAAAGUUCAAAAUAGUUGGCCUUGCUUCUUUCCUACCUGCAAAUCUUGGAGCAGUUAUUUAUAAGACCAGCUUGCUACAUCUGCAACCGAGACAGAUGACAAUCUACCUUCCUGAAGUGAGGAAGAUUUCUCAUGACUUUAUGAGUCUGCCUGUGUUCAACCCCAAUGUUUUCAGUGAAGACGAAGAUGACUUACCAGUGAUGGGUCCCUCUGGUGUGGCCGGAGAUAACCCUCCCUGUACUGUGAACAUCCCCAUCGCUCCCAUCCACAGUCCUGCUCAAGCCAUGUCGCCCACUCAAAGCAUCGGCCUGGUGCAGUCUCUCCUGGCCAAUCAGAACAUCCAGCUGGAUGUCCUGACCAAUCCCACAGCCAAUGCAGCAGUAGCGGCUGCGGCGGCUGCAGCCUCUGUCCCUGUCAGCGACCACAGCCAAGACCCUAUCCAGUCUCCUUACCCUGUUACAUCCAGAUACUCGAACCCAAACCAGGUGAUGUUCAGUGGGUUGGAUUUGGGAUCACUUUUACCUGGGACGCUGCCACCUCUGCCCCCUCCUCACCAUCUACCGCCACAGCCGCAGAGACCUAGCCAUCCGCAGCCUCCUCGCCAACCCCCACCCAAAGCGUCGCAACAAGGGCAGAGAAUGCAUCUCCAACAACACCAACCGCACCAACAACAUCAACCACACCAACAGCACCAACCGCACCCACAGCACCAAACACACCCACCACACCCACAGCACCCACCGCACCCACAGCACCCACCGCACCCACAGCACCCACCGCACCCACCGCACCCACCGCACCCACCGCACCCACCGCACCCACAGCACCCACAGCACCCACAGCACCCACAGCACCCACAGCAUCAACAACAUCAACAACAUCAAGUCCAGUCCCAGUCACAGCAGUUGCAGGUACCCCAGAUGCAGCAGGGCCCACCGGUGUCUCCUCAAACUCUUCAACAGCAGCAGCAGCUUCAGCAACAGCAGCAGCAGAUCCGGCAGCAGAUCCAGGAAAUGAGACAGCAACAGGCCCAGUUACAACAACAGCACCAGCAAAUCCAACAGCACCAUCAACAAAUGCAGAGGCAACACCAACAGAUGCAACAACAGCUCAAAAUGCAAAUGCACCUUCCCCCGCCACCCACAGGGUAUCCAACCAUCUCCUUACAGCAAAUCCACCAUCUCUUACCACAGAUGCCUCCACCCACCAGCGAACCGGGACUGGACAGGGCGGAGCAUGGGAAUACCUUAAAGUCAACCCUACCCCGCACGCUCCCCCCUUCGUUCAGUGAUUCGGAAGGGACCGUAGAGAUUCAGAUGAGGAAAGCGAACCCACCGCCACCCUAUCCUGGUACAGUGGUGUCAGUAGCAGCUACGGUUGCAAAUACACCACAGACGCUAGUGACAAAUUGUGAUAGCCCUAGCGUCUUGGCACCAGAUCCUUGCCUCAAAAAAGAUGAUUUCUUGCUUCACCCCGUCACCUUACAAUACCCAACGCCUCUUGGUUAUGAGCGGAUUACAACCUUUGAUAGUAGCGGUAAUGUUGAAGAAGUAUGUAGACCCCGAAGAAGACUUAUUCGCAACCAAAAUGCCUAUGCAGUACAUGGUAUCGGCGGAUCUGCUACUCUUAGAGUCACCUCAUCUGAGAAUAAGAAAAUCCAACUUCCUUACAGUUCCGCCACUUUGAGUCGCCUGUCCGUUCCUAGAUACUCAAUACCAAGUGGAGAUCCACCGCCUUAUCCAGAUCCUGCCAAUCAGGUGACCGCUACUUUGCCUCCGCCCCAGAGAAUUGACAGCAGUCUUAUCCAUGCUACGCUAAGACGUGAACGAAGAGAUGUUAGCCUCAAAGUUCCCCAAAUGAUGGAAAGCUCGAGAACUCUUCCUACAAAAGCCAAAAUGAAUAGUGCAUUAGGAGGCCUCGGCUACCAGCAGAGGUUGCCCACUGCGUUGUAUACUUGUACUCAGUGUAGCAGUAACAGCAGUAGCACUAGUGUUAGUGUCACAGGUGGUGGUACGUCCAGUAGUGGGAUAGCUGGUGGGACAGUGGUAAGACAGGACUUUCCGCCAAGCAAAGGGCCUCAUCAUAGCACCAUUAUUGUUCAUUCAAAAAGUGCCUCGCCAUUGGCUUCUCAGUCAUCAUACAACCUGCUUGGUGCUGUGGAAAAUAGCAGAGACAGGACUGUGUAUGUGAACUCGGCCUUUACAGAGGAUGAAACAAUGAGUCAGCAAUGUCAUCUUGAAAAAUCAGUGCGACAGUUGAACUUAGGUGAUGUGAAUUUGACACUGAAACGCCCUCCACCUUAUCAGUGGGACACUUCAGCUACAGAGGACUUUUGGAUCACUCCGGAACAAACAAUGCUAGCUCCGCCACCUGCCCCACAUAAACCACCUCCACUUAUAAUUAGCCAAGCUCAGCAUUUAGAUGUAAGCCGACUGCCUUUUGUUCUCACCACUAAACCUCCAACUAGCCCAAGUACAACCACUCUUACCUUUCCAUCUGGGUAUCAGAUUUCACUUUCCCCUUUCCCACCAAGUGUAAAUCACAGUGGGCCUACUUUGCAGACUUUACAAGCUGGACCAAAUCCAAAUGAGUUGGUCAGUCAGUCCCCAUUUACUCAACAAGAUCCAAAUUUGGUCCUACCACCUGGUUAUCCCCCAAAUUUGGCAAGCUUGGCGUGCUGCCCGCUCCCCCCAAUGUACCCAGGGGCAAGCUCUUGUGCCGGGCUACAGCUUCAUCCAGUCAGUCUCCAUCCAUGGAACCCAUAUCCAUGCCCACCGCCAAUGCAGGACCCCCCAGCUCCCCCACUACCAACUAAAACUCACCAAAUACUGGAAAAGCCUAUUCUCUCACCACCUCCCCCCACUGCGCCUCCUCCACCCCCACCUUUGCCCCCACCUCCCCCGCCUACUGAGCUACCGCCAUCAAAAAGUGCAGCCGAAGAUCUCACUGAUUCUGCAAACAACUUCCCAGAACCCUCAUCACUGAAUGAAAGCCCUGUACCCCAAGAAUCUGAACGGUUUAGCAAAAAAAGUCGCAAAAGGUUGGACAGCAGAGCAGAUGAUGUCCCUACAGUGUCUGAAGGGAAAUCCAGAAAGGAAGGACGUGCACUUUCGGAUUUUAAUAGUUUGAUUUCAAGUCCAAGGCUUGGAAGUAGGGAAAAGAAGAAACCUAAGGGUCAAAGGGAGCAAUUAAACAAAACAAAAAAAAUCAGCAGAGCCACAAACGAAUUUCAAGAUAGUUCAGAAAGUGAACCCGAGUUGUUCAUUAAUGGAGAUGAACUCAUGAACCAAAAUCAGAGUAGUAAAAAGAGCUGGAAAAACAAGCGCAGUAUGAGGAUGGCAAGUGAGUUGGAGGAGAUCAAAUGUCGUAAAGCAAAUGAAAGAGAAGACAGAAGUUUAGGAAGCCAAGGGUUUGUCUAUGUCAUGGCCAAUAAGCAGCCACUAUGGAAUGAAGCAACACAAGUCUAUCAGCUGGACUUUGGAGGACGGGUCACACAGGAGUCAGCAAAAAACUUUCAGAUUGAAUUGGAUGGGAGACAAGUGAUGCAGUUUGGACGAAUUGAUGGAAAUGCCUAUAUUUUGGAUUUUCAGUAUCCCUUUUCAGCAGUUCAGGCUUUUGCUGUGGCUCUGGCCAACGUGACUCAGAGGCUGAAGUAAAAAAGACUCAUUCACAUACCUGUAGAUCUUGAACUGUGUGCAGUUGCAGCUGGGGAAACAUGGGUUUAAGCCAUGUGGAGGCCUAUCCACUGCUCAAAUGAACAUUGUUCCUGCAGCAGGCUCAUUUUCUGAAGGUACAAACUGUGUUCAUAAAACUUGAAUGUCAUUUUGUGGCACUCACAAUUUGCCAUCACCCAGAAAGAAAGAAAGAGUUAGUUAGCGCUCCUAAGCUGUCACGCCAAAGACACAUAAUAUAGAAGGGCAAUCACGUUAAAAUUAACAUCACUAAUAAAUCUUUAUAAUGCACUUUGUUAGUGAAUAGCAAUGAGCCAAUAGCAGGAAAAACUGCAUGGUCAUUUAAAGCUCCAAUUCUUUAGAAAUGUCUAUGAAGUAUAUACAUUAAUUAACCAUUACUGAUUACAAAUCCAUGUUAAGCCAUAUAUUGUACAGGGCACCAUAUAAAGCAUAGUUCUUUAAAGUACAAUAUAUUUUAUUUCAUACAUUUUAUUUUAUAUACACAUUUAACAUAAAUAUGCUCCUUUUGGUUUUUUGCAAAUGCUACACAUUCAGGCAUUAGUUAUUUGUACUUAUGUUCUUAUUCAUGCUUAAUAACCAUGGCACUUAACCAUUUUAUGUUUCAGAAUCCUCUUGUAAAUACACCAACACAUUUUAUUGCAGCUUCUGUUGUUUUACUGUUCUACAUUUGUCUAUUAGUUUGUAGUAUUUGCAAAGUGUUCCUUACAUUAUGAUUGCUAUGUAUUAUUAUUGUUAUAAAAUAGCAAAUUCUACUUAUUUUUUGUUUUUUGUCCAGUUGCCUUCAUGGUGCCCACUAUCAUGAUGCCCCUGUUAGGCCUGUGUAUGUGCCAAAAAGUCUACAUUGGAAAACAACUCAACAUAUUUUUUCGUUGACUUCCCUGUCAGUUUGAGACUUUUUCCUAGUAGUUGUGUUUUGACGCUACUAUAAACUGCAUUGAAUGUGAAGUCCAGUGGCUUGCCUUUUUGGAAACAGUGCUGCUUUCUGUAGAUAGAUAGAGCUUGUCUGCUUUAGAACUUGACUGUAUGUAGGACUGAUGUUCUAGCAAAACAAAACAAAACAAAAAAAAAAAACAACAUGCUGCUUGCACUUACAUAUGUAGUGGAUGGACUGAUAUUAAUUACUUAUUAUUAUUAUAAGCUUGUAUGUAUUUUGGUUGGCAAAUUAUGUAAUGUUGUACUGAAGCUUUAAUUUUAAGGUCACAUAAUAAUAAUAAUAAUAAUAAUAAUAAUAAUAAUAAUAAUAACUGGGAAACAGUUGCAAGAAUAAAUCUAUAUGGUCAGACGUUUGAGGUAAAUUGUGGUAGAUCUAUAUAGAAAUGGUGCUAUAUAUAAAACACAGAAAUAUGAGCAAAGGUUAUUUUAAAGAAUAAUUUAAAAAGUAUUUUUAGAGAGGAGAUUGGGAAACUGGUGUCAUUUCUAAAAAAUAUAUAUAUUAUUUACAUAAACUGCUUAAGAGAUUCUUGAAGCAAAAUGUCAGUUUUCAGCAAUACUGUGUAAGUGAUUUUUCUGUUUAUAACCAAACCUGGUUAAUAAAAAAUACUGUGCAUAAAUUA